AUGGUCGAUAUUGAAACGGCCAUUAAAUCAAGAUACAGGCUGCGUCUAGAACGCAUUUUGGCCAAGUGCAAAAAGAUCUGUAUAAAUCCUGACGAUUAUGAAUUCCAGAUCGCCAUUGUGAACGGCCAGGCCAUCUAUACCCUAAUUGAGCGACGGAAACAAAUUGUCAAGACAACGGUCCGUGAUCAAGUAUUUAAGACCCCAGAAAGAAAGCAGUAUGCCAAAAAGCCAACUACAAGGUUAAAGCAUCCACUAUUGCAAACAUCACCUGUUGAGGUCAACCCGCCUGAUUACGCUUUGUCAGUUAACGCUCUGGACCCACGCGAUUUGCAAUGUGACUUGCCACGUGAACCUAGUGCAUCUGGAUCUCGGAGGCGCUCCAGCACCGUUACUUACCGAAUGCAUCUGGCCGAAGCAUCCGAGAGCGAGUUGAUGUAUGAGGCAGCUCCUUGCCCUAGAUGCAAUAGUCCAGCAUUCAGGCUUUCGCCUGCAGAUUCACCACUUGGUGCGCCUACUAGUAACGAGGGCGACGACAUAGUUCGGCAUCUCGAUGCUCUCGACGUCACCCUUCCUUCAUUAUGGUUUACAACAGUACACAGUUCUAAAUUGCCCCGUACCAGCUUUUCACUCUCUGCAGCUGAAUGUGAAGAUAUCAAUGAAGAAGUAGAAGGCCUGCUAAGCGACCAGUGUAGUGCCUCACAGUCCCCUACUAUGUUUUCCCAACCCAGAAAGCCCAGUAAUCUGAAUAACCCUAUCAAACGGCCAGCAGAUCCAUCUGCAAUCACAAUUUACAAGGAUCGUCAGCAUCAGUUCCACGUCUACGGUAAUGACAGGUCCUCCUCGUGCCAUCCACGAAGAGUUACGGCCUCUUUGAGUAAGGUCUUCCCGCAAGCCAUCUUCCCACCGCCGGGUCCUUACAGUCCGCCAGUGCAAACAUCACUGAAAAAGAAAGUUGAAGGAUCUGGGCUGAGAGUGCUACCUAUGCGUUCCUGA